GCAGUACUCUGACCGGCCUGCAGUACUUUGACCAGCCUACAGUACUCUGACCGGCCUGCAGUACUCUGACCGGCCUGCAGUACUCUGACUGGCCUGCAGUACUCUGACCGGCCUGCAGUACUCUGACUGGCCUGCAGUACUCUGACCGGCCUGCAGUACUCUGACCGGCCUGCAGUACCCUGACUGGCCUGCAGGCGUCGCUGUCACAGUUUCAGCGCCCUCAGUCAUGAGCUAGUCAGAGUUCAGGAGUCUUCAAACUUUGGUUCAGAAAAGGAAUGUAAAUGUCUGAGGACAGGGAAUCCCAGGAGGAUGAGCUGCUUGCUUUAGCAAGUAUUUAUGAUGAAGAGGAGUUCCACCGGGCGGAGGCGGCUCAGGGGGGAGAGAUGCAGCUCCUGCUCGAGCUCCCUCCUGAUUUCAAAGUUGUAGUCAAAGGAGAGAAGGAAGUGGAAUAUAACAUCUGCUUCUUGCCUCCUUUGAUGCUCAACUUUGAGCUUCCUCCAGACUACCCGUCCUCAUCCUCACCUGUCUUCACCCUCAGCUCUAAAUGGAUGACUGCAGCUCAGAUGAGUUCUCUGUGCAGACGCCUGGAUGAGCUGUGGGAGGAGAACCAAGGCUGUGUGGUUCUUUUCACGUGGAUCCAGCUCCUCAAAGAGGAGGCUUUGGACUUUCUGGGAAUCCAGUCUCCUCUUGAAGUAAUCAGAGGAGGAAGUAAAGCCGGGGUGGAGCGCAGGAAGACGGACUCUGCAGCCACAGCUCAAUGUGGGAGUCUGUCUGAAAACUCAGAGGAGAACAAAAGAGAAAUAAAGAAUCAAAAGUCUGACCCCUCGUCCUCUCUGCUGGACCCGCGGGCCGUCCUGUUGUUGGACCCCCGUGCAGACCUCCUACCUCAGCUCCUGGACUUUGACGAGGCGCAGCGGCAGAGGGUGUUUGACUGUAAGGUGUUCUGCUGCGGGAUCUGCUUCGUGGAGAAGCUGGGAUCAAACUGUCUCUGCUUUAAGGAGUGCCAGCACGUCUACUGCAAGGCCUGCAUGACGGAGUACUUCCAGAUCCAAAUACGGGACGGCAACGUUCAGUGCCUUAACUGCCCUGAGCCCAAAUGUACCUCCGUAGCUACACCGCUGCAGGUGAAGCAGCUGGUGGACGAGGAGCUCUUUGCCCGAUAUGACCGUUUGCUGCUACAGUCCAGUCUGGACCUCAUGGCCGAUGUGGUCUACUGUCCUCGCCAGUCCUGUGGCACCGCCGUGAUGGUGGAGCCGGACACAACCAUGGGCAUUUGCUCCGCCUGUCAGUAUGCUUUCUGCACGCUGUGCAAGCUGGGCUAUCACGGCGUCUCCAACUGUAAAAUCAACGCAGAUGAGUUGAGAAACCUCAGAGACGAGUAUCUGUCGGCCUCCAAUGAAGACAAAAAGUUCAUGGAGCAGCGCUUUGGGAAGAGGGUGAUCCAGAAAGCCGUGGAAGAGUCCUACAGCAGAGACUGGCUCAGUGAGAACUGCAAAUCCUGCCCCCGCUGUGGAACCAACAUACAGAAAGCAGACGGCUGUAACAAGAUGACGUGUACGUCCUGUAAGCAGUACUUCUGCUGGCUGUGUCUCGGUCAGCUCAGUAAAGUCAACCCGUACAGCCACUACAACAACCCCAGUUCCCCGUGUUACAGCCAACUCUUCCAGGGCGUGGAUCUGGAUGAAGAGGACUUCUGGAGCGAUGAGGAGGACUGACCCGUGCGGUUCCUCCCAGCUGUACGCUCCACCUUGAAUGCACUUUAUCUCUCAUCACCGUCACACGUGGCGCUCACUACUACACCUGCAUUUACACGUCUGUGCCACAGCAUCAUGUUCCAAUGUUUCUAUGCUUUCAGACAUUACCGUCGGGGUGCUAGGAGGAAGGUGUAACUUUAACGUCGGAGGGGACGGAGAGAGGAACAGGUGUAGUUUGAGGAAAGUGGAGCCCUUUUUUAAAACUGGUCCACGCCUUGCUAACACGCUAACAGGAUCCCAUUCUUAGUGAGGACGUGGCUCAAUGCUGAUUCAGCUGAUCCCUACAGGCAGACCACCAGUUAUCUGGUUUAUCCUUUUACCUGAUCAUUUGUCCCAACGGCCCCUAAUGAUCAUUUUUACUUACCUUCUGUUUAUAAAAAAGCCUUGGAGCUCCUCCCCCUGAUGGAGCUCCUCCCCCUGAUGGACCAGUGAACCCUGAUGAUUUAAGGUGGCAUUGGAUCCACUGAUGGAGCUCCUCCCCCUGAUGGACCAGUGAACCCUGAUGAUUUAAGGUGGCGUUGGAUCCACUGAUGGAGCUCCUUCCCCUGAUGGAGCAGUGAAUCCUGAUGAUUUAAGGUGGUGUUGGAUCCACUGAUGGAGCUCCUUCCCCUGAUGGAGCAGUGAAUCCUGAUGAUUUAAGGUGGUGUUGGAUCCACUGAUGGAGCUCCUCCCCCUGAUGGAGCAGUGAACCCUGAUGAUUUAAGGUGGCGUUGGAUCCACUGAUGGAGCUCCUUCCCCUGAUGGAGCAGUGAAUCCUGAUGAUUUAAGGUGGUGUUGGAUCCACUGAUGGAGCUCCGUCUGGUAGAUUCAAGGUGUUAGCUUCCCUCCACUGAACAUCAGGUCAAACUUUGAACAAACUGAAAUGUAGAUAAAGGAGUGUAGGGUGAAGCAAUAUGUGAUUAUCUACACAGGAUGAAAUAAUGGAGGCGGGGUUUAAUAUUCAAAGUAGAUCCUCUGAUUGGUUGAAAGGGAUUGUGAUCAUUUGCGUGUGAGGAAGAGACAUCCUUAAAUCCACCUGUUUGUUUUCAUGUUGCCAAACACCGUGUCAAAGAAGACUUGAUUAAGAAUUCAAAGAAAAAUGUUAUUUUGUAUUUCAUUAAUUUAUUUUCUUUCUUCUUUGUUGGUUUGAUCUCAAAGACGAUCUGUUGGUCUCCAAACUCUCCCAAAAAGACAAUCAUAGUUCAGUUUGCACAGUUUCCAUAAACGCAGAGAUCCUGUGAGAUCAGGUUUCACAGAAUCCAAACUCAUUCAACUGUUCCUCUGAAUAAAAGUGAAGAUUUAA